AUGCAAAACUUUUCAGUUGACAGUAUAUCAAAUGACAAAAUUAUUUAUUUUGAUUGUAUUCCUGUUCAUACAGUUGCUGAAAAAAGAAUAUCAAUACAAAAUGUGUCCGACGGCUACCUAACGUAUCGAGUAUCAUUGUUAUAUGUUAUGAACAGUAUUGAACAAGUGUUUAAAUUAUCAAUCACAUCAACCUCUAUAAAAUCACUUGAUUGGGUGGAGGUGAAAAUUUUAUUUCGACCUAAUAUCCCAGGUCAAUCAUAUACAGAGUACUACAUGGUUGAUGAUACAGCUGGUAAUACUUAUAGACUUACCGUUACUGGAAAGUGCUUUGGACCCGAAGUAACUUUGAAUAAGAAAAAACUCGUAUUCAGAAUUUACAAAAAUAUCAGCGAGCAAAGAAAGGAAGUUAUAAAUAUUAUAAAUAAAUCGGAGGUAGAUGCUACGUACCAGUGGCUUCUUCCAACUGGUGGUCAAGGAUUUUUUGAAGUUUCUACAGGUAAUUGUGGUGUUAUUCGAGCAUUCGAAAAUAUUACAACUUCAGUGAUAUUCUCGGGAACAGCACUCGGAAUUUAUACUGCGGAAAUUGUAUGCUUAAUCCUGAAUCAGGAACCAUUAUAUCUUAACGUAAUAGCGUCUGUCGUACUGGCUGGAAACCCAAUGUACAACAUACAGGAUCAUGUAAUCCAUAAAAACUGGACACGCAAAAGUCGAUCCACUCAUCUAAUGGAGAACAGUUUAACCUGUUUAUGUGACAUACCGUCAGCGUCAGUGUUUGAAAGGUAUUUGGAUUUCGGUAAGGGAAGUGUUUCUGAUGUCACGAUGAACAUAUCACAGAUUUUGUGCGUUACCAAUCACGAGAUGGACGAUGGAUGUAUACACUGGCUUCCAGAUCCCGAUAACGUAUUUAUAGUUGAUCCUAUUACAUGUGUUAUUCCUCCUAAUGAGUCCAGAUUAUUUACCAUCAGAUUCAGGCCGAAGAUCGAUAAUGAACUUUACGGCUACUUACUCUGUGGAGAUUAUCAAUGGAAAAAAUACUAUACGGAUAGUGCUAUCUCUGUACCUAAAAUUAAACACACUUGGUUUAGGAUUCCCUGUAUCGGUAAUACUUGGCCACCUUGCACUGAAUGGAGUACGGAAUGGGAUUGUCCUACUGAGGUUGUUUUACCACCAACGGUACCGGCCAGGACAGCGUUUACGAACUUUAUGUUAUCAAAUAAACUGGGAAUUCCAAUGCAAUUUAAAUUGCAUGCACCGUGUAAUACGAAUUUCGUCGCAAUGCCUAUGUGUGGUAUAGUACCGGGGCGAGGUUGGCAAAUAAUAACAGUAGCACUGGAGCCGAAAACUUUCGGAGAAUAUGUCGAAAAUUGGGACCUUAUUGUAAAUAAAGAACAAAAAGCUCGUGUUUGCUUCUGUGGUAACGCGGAGAACAGCCAAGUGGAGAUGAUGUCACACGGCUAUAAUCCGGGAACCCACGCAAUGUACGAGUUUCAAUCGACCAUUACUGGAUGCACUAACUACUGCACAGCUUACAUGCACAAUCUCACAAGGAUGGAAACACAUUUGAGAGUUCUGAGCAACGUCACCUGGCUUGGCGCAGAUAAUAGCGGAACUAUUGUAUUACCGCCUAAAGAAAUUGUUCGAUUUCAUUGGUGGUUCUUCCCUAAAGAAGCUGAUAAAGUCUACGAGACCACGGUCACUUGUUCUUGUAUCUGUUUGAUCGACGGGAAACCUGUGGGAGAACCUACAGAUGUAUUUAUAAACCUGAUUGGAUUUUCGGAACUGCCUGAUUUGAGGAUAUUACCAAAAACAAUGAAUAUUCAUGAUACAGUAGUUGGUGAAAGUGUAACAUUUCCAAUCACACUAUACAACUAUGGAUCUUGUUUUUUCACAUCGAAACUGUAUCACCUUAUCGACGGCAUGGGGGAUGACUUUAGUGGGGACAAACUUGACAUUGAUUCAUCUGUUAACAGUUUAAAACCCUCAAACCACUGCGAAGUGAAUAUGACGGUGACAGCAGAUGGGGCUGGCUCGAGACAGAUAGACAUCAAAUACACAGUACUCUUUCGCACCGAAUUCGAUGAGGUGGAAGAGAUACAGCCAAUCAAAAAGACUAUUUGCAUCAUCUGGUAUGAUGGGAUAUACCCAACGAUCAAGGUUAAACGCACGAUAUCAGUUCGAUGCCCUGUUAUUUUAAGCAAUCAUUGCGUCUGGAAUAUGAUAAACAUUGAACAGUUAAAUAAAGCUUUGGAAAACUGCCGACCAAACAAACCCUUGAAUGUCAACCUCUAUGCACCGGAUCUUUGUGUUCGAUACACAGACGUUGAAUUGAUACUAGUGUUGGGCUGUAUUUAUAAUGUGCCAGUACCAUUCAAUUUUCGGAGAGAGAAGAUCUGUGAUUGCGAAAUGGUCGAGGUCAAAGUCGGUAUAUCCACAUACGAGUUGCGUCAUACCUGUGUCCACAGACCGCUGGUAGAGAUGAUUCCAAUGAACGGAAUCGUGACACCUAAAAGUCCAGUUUUAUUGCACUUAAAGCUAAAGUACACAUGUGAGGGCCGCAAUACACUUUGCUAUGUUAUGACGAUGCCCAAUCAUAGGACGCUAAACGUCUUCAUUCACAUUCGUAGUCAUGUGAACUCGAAGGGUGUCCUCACUCCUUUACGGAGAGUAGUAGAUGAGGAGAAGUAUUUGACAGUGAUGGACUGUGGAAGGGUACCUAUAAACAACCUUGACCCUGUGAUACGGAUCCUCUGGCUCUACAAUCCUACCGAUGUAUUUACGACAUGGCGUCUUCUUCGCGGCAACUCAAUAAAACCAGAAACAGUCAUACGGUGCCUGCAAUACUUUGCGGAAGUACCGCCGAAUGACAAAUUGGCUAUACCAUUCGCUUUUAUGCCCAUGGAAAUGAUUGAUUACGAGAUGGUGUUCUUUUGUUCGUUUGGAUACGAGGUAGUCAGUUUCCUCGUGAAAGGACAAGGUGGACUUCCGAAUUGCAUUGAAUCAAGGCUCGAUAUGCCGUUGUAUGUCGAAAGGAUCAUCAGGUCUGCAUAUCGACAAAAUAUUGUUUAUUUAUCUAAGGAACAUAUGACCUUACCAAUUAUGCUAACGCAUUCACUUUCUAGAGACAUAUUAGCCAUUACGAAUGACACUGAACAUGUUGUAAGAUUUAUUUGGCUACCCGAAAGAAUCCCGAACAUUGUCAACAUAGUGAUGACUCCGUGGUGGGGAGUAAUCCAGCCUAAUUCUACGGAGUGGAUUACUAUGACAGUUUACACUUUACAAGAACCUGCCACAUUUACGACGACUGUAGCAUGUGAAGUUUUUGAUUUGACCGAGAGGAAGCGUUAUCAAAAAAACGAGAUUUUGCGACGAAACAAAACUGAAAAAUGCAACCAGGAAUUUGUUAUAACAGAGGAGGGCAUGUUUCAUCCGGAUAUAAACGACUGUCCACCGUACGUUUUGGAUGUAAAGAAGCCACAGCCAUCGUACCUUGCCAUGACGGUGUCAAUAUCAUCGAAAGGACAACGCGAUGGUUAUCCCAGAAUGCUAUUGAAGCAAAUGUGGGAGAAGACACCAACGUAUGACCUUUUAUCGUCGGAUUUGAAUUUAUACGACAAUCCAGAAGGCACAGCCGCAAAUAACCUAACCUCUAUCGAUAUAUCAAAAAUUAUAGACGCCUUGUUAUGGGACGCCUUGCAUAGCAAGAUGUUUAGAACUCAUCUAGAGUAUUAUGCCAAGGAAGACAUUCCUACGCACGCUCAGUUAGUCAAGGUUAUCGAAAGUGACACGAAAUCUAAGUUAAGCAGACGAGUAACGUCGGGAAUUUGUGACGCCAUUGUCAACAAAGCUAUAUUCCACGUGUACAACCUCAGUUCCAAACGCGAAGUAACCAUCUUGGAAGCGGAAUAGCAAUUUCAACUAUAAUUUAAUAUAUUUUAUGGUAUUAAAACUAUUGUUAAC